CCCAGAGCCACCUUUCUGCCCUCCAGCCCGCAUGGCGGCCCAGGCAGCAGGCUUGUGCAGGCAGUGGGCCACUGCCGAGGGGCUUGGCUCGCCCCAGAAUGCCAUGAAGUACUUGGGCCAGGACUUUGAGGCACUGAGGCAGCAGUGCUUGGACUCUGGGGUGCUGUUCAAGGAUCCUGAGUUCCCAGCAUGCCCAUCGGCACUGGGCUACAAGGACCUGGGACCCAGCUCCCCCCGGACUCAAGGCAUCAUCUGGAAGCGGCCCACGGAGCUGUGUCCCAGCCCGAAGUUCAUCCUUGAUGGAACCUCACGAACAGACGUCCAGCAGGGCGACCUGGGAGACUGCUGGCUCCUGGCGGCCAUUGCGUCCUUGACCCUGAACGAGAGGCUGCUGUCCCGUGUGGUGCCCAAGGACCAGAGCUUCCAGGAGAACUACGCAGGCAUCUUCCACUUCCAGUUCUGGCAGUACGGCGAGUGGGUGGAGGUGGUGGUGGAUGACAGGCUGCCCACCAAGGAUGGGCGGCUGCUGUUCCUGCACUCGGCCGAGGGCAGCGAGUUCUGGAGCGCGCUGCUGGAGAAGGCCUACGCCAAGCUCAGUGGCUCCUAUGAGGCUCUGGUUGGCGGCUCCCCUGUGGAGGGGUUCGAGGACUUCACAGGUGGCAUCUCGGAGUUUUAUGACCUGCGGAAGCCACCGGCUAAUCUAUACCGCCUCAUCCGGAAGGCGCUGCGUUCAGGGUCUCUGCUGGGCUGCUCCAUUGACGUCUCCAGCAUGGCUGAAGCUGAAGCCAUCACCCGCCACAAGCUGGUCAAGAGCCACGCGUACUCUGUUACUGGAGCAGAAGAGGUCGAGGUCCUCGGCCACCCAGAGCAGCUGAUCCGCCUUCGGAACCCGUGGGGCGAGGUGGAGUGGACAGGAGCCUGGAGUGACAAUGCCCCAGAGUGGAACCGCAUUGACCCCCGGCGCAGGGAGGAGCUGGACAGGAAGGCAGAGGAUGGCGAGUUCUGGAUGUCCUUCUCCGACUUCCUGGCACAGUUCUCGCGCCUGGAGAUCUGCAACCUGUCCCCAGACUCGUUGAGCAGCGAGGAAGCUCACAAGUGGAGCCUGGUGCUGUUCCAUGGCCGCUGGGCACGGGGUGCCACUGCUGGCGGCAGCCAGAACUUCCCAGCCACGUACUGGACCAAUCCCCAGUUCAAACUCCACCUGGACGAGGCGGACGAGGACCAGGAGGAACGUGCAGCCGAGUCUUGCUGCGCCGUGCUGCUGGGGCUGAUGUAGAAGGACCGGCGGCGGCUGUGCCAGGGCCUGCUGAGCAUCGGCUUUGCCGUCUACCAGGUCCCCAAGGAGCUGGCGAGCCACACAGACACGUACCUGGGCAGAGACUUCUUCCAGGGCCACCAGCCGGCUGCAUGCUCAGGCACCUAUGUCAACCUGUGGGAGGUGUGGGGUCGCAUGCGGCUGCCGCCUGGCGAGUACCUGAUGGUGCUGUCCGCCUUUGAGCCCUUCAAGGACGGUGACUUCUGCCUGGAGAUUGGGGCCGUCCUGGCGGGAAACCCCCAUGAGCCACAGCCCUUGGAGCUGGACCACAGAGACCAGAAGCUCCGGAGUCUGUGUGAGGCACUCAUGGGGCAGGAUUCUGAGAUUGGUGCCAUCGAGCUCAGGAAGGUUCUGAAUGGGGCCUUUUCCAGAAGAACAGACGUAAAGUUCCAUGGCUUCAGCAUCCACACCUGCCGGGAGAUGGUCAGCUUGGUGGAUAGCGCUGGAACAGGCACCCUGGGGCCUGCGGAGCUCCAGACACUCUGGCUGAAAAUCUGGAAGUAUCUGGAGAUCUACCAGGAAACGAAUCACAACCACCUGGGGACCCUGGGCGCCCAUGAGAUGAGGACGGCCCUCAGGAAGGAGGGUUUCACCCUCAACAACGAGGUACAGCAGACCAUUGCCUCCCGGUAUUCCAGCCACACGCUUGGCCUCGACUUUGACAGCUUCGUGGCCUGCGUGGUCCGCCUGGAGACCCUCUUCAAGCUGUUCGGGCUCUUGGACUGGAACCAGACAGGGGUCAUCCAGCUCUCCCUGGCUGAGUGGCUGUGCUGUGUGUUGGUCUGAGCAGCGUCUGGCACCUCUGGACCUUGGCAACUCCUCACCCGCCUCUCCUCCCAUGUGGUUCUGCAGUCACUCAGCCUCUGGAGUCCUCGCCAGUCACUUGUACCACUCUGCUGGUAACUGCUCCAGGGGACACCAGCUCUGUCCUUGGUGGCACACUUUGGAAGAAA